AUGGAUAGGAUGUUCACCAAACAAAUCGGCAGGAAUAUCGAAGUCUAUGUCGAUGAUAUGGUAGCCAAAACAAAAGUCGGAGAGAACCACAUCAGCGACCUCACAGAAAUCUUCGGCCAGAUCCGCCAGUACAACAUGCGCCUCAACCCCGAGAAAUGUGCAUUCGCAGUUCAAGGGGGUAAGUUUUUGGGUUUUUUGUUAACCCGCAGGGGAAUAGAGGCAAAUCCAGACAAAUGCCGAGCAGUGCUGGAAAUGGCCAGCCCCAAAACGAUAAAAGAAGUUCAGCGCCUAACAGGACGACUCGCAGCACUUUCCAGAUUUGUUCCUUGCCUUGCCUCAACUUCCAUUCCCUUUUUCCAAACAAUUAAAAAGAAAAAUAAAUUCGAAUGGAACGACGAUUGUGAGAGAGCAUUUUCAAAAUUAAAAACAACACUCUCACAACCGCCGAUUUUACAAAAACCCCUACAGGGGGAAGAUUUAUUUUUAUAUCUAUCAGUUACUGAUUGGGUGAUAAGCUCGACCCUUGUUACAGAGAGAAACAACGUUCAGCAUCCAGUAUACUUUGUCAGUAAGACCCUCCAACAUGCAGAGCUCAACUAUCCAAGGAUUGAGAAGCUCGCACUAGCACUAAUAUUCUCGGCGCGGCGCCUCAGACCUUACUUCCAGAGUCACGUUAUCCACGUCCGAACCAAUCAGCCAUUAAGACAGGUGUUACACAAUCCAGAACUUGCAGGCCGACUCAUAAAAUGGGCAGUCAAACUAUCCAAAUUCGACAUCAGAUACCAAUCCCGAGGACCGAUCAAGUCACAAUUCCUGGCGGAUUUCAUCGCUGAGCUUACAAUCCCAUCCGAAGAUGAUCAUGCAAAACAGUGGAUCCUAUAUGUCGACGGAUCUUCAAAUAACGGAGGCUGUGGUGCAGGAAUUCGUCUGGAGGCUGACGAUGGACUCAUAUUGGAACACUCAAUACACUUCGGUUUCAAAGCAAGCAACAACCAAUCCGAGUAUGAAGCACUACUCGCCGGAAUCCGACUCUGUUUAGACCUUCAAAUCUCGACAAUCAAGGUAUACUGUGAUUCAUUGUUAGUCGUGCAGCAGGUAAACGAGCCUUUUCAAGUAAAAGAUCCCCUACUCUCUAAAUACUUGUCAUUAGUGAAAAAGUUAACAAAAAAAUUUUCCAAGUUUGAAAUAGAACAUAUACCACGUGAACAAAACCAAAGAGCGGAUAUCUUAUCUAAGCUCGGAAGUACACAGUCCGAGCUAUCCACACUACAACAAUUCACAAUAACAUCACCCACUGUGACUCUGACAAAUGUGUUGAGUGUCUCACAAAUAACAGAUUGGAGGAACGACUUUAUACACUAUUUACAGAAAGGUAAUAUACCAGAAGGGGUCCAGAACGAUAAAAGGUUCCGACGGCAAGCAUCUUUCUUCACAUUACUCAACGGAACACUAUAUCGACGAGGUUAUACUCGGCCUCUACUCAAAUGUCUCAACAAGUCAGAAGCCGACAUAGCUUUAGCAAAAGCACAUGAAGGAAUCUGUGGCACCCAUACGGGAGCUCGGAGUUUAACAUCCAAGAUCCUCAGAGCCGGAUUCUUCUGGCCAACUAUGAAACAGGAUAGCCAACAAAAGAUCAGGUCAUGCAACAAUUGCCAACGACAUGCACCCCUGAUACACAUACCGGCCGAGGAAUUACAUCAGUCAGACAUCAGCUGGCCAUUUAACCGAUGGGGUUUAGAUAUACUCGGGCCAUUCCCUACGGCACCGGGCCAGGUAAAAUUUCUUAUUGUCGGCAUUGAUUAUUUCUCCAAAUGGGUGGAAGCCCAACCUUUAGCAAAAAUAACAUGA